ACUUUUCAAAUCCUUUAACCAAACCACCAACCCUAAAAGGGUACCUUUCCCAGCCAGCUUAUCAAAUUAAAGAAUUUAAUUGAACCAAGUCUUUAUGCUAAAUACAAUUCUAAUAUUCUUCUUUAAUUUCUUCCAUCACAUAUAUACAUACAUGAAUAUGUCUCCAUUGUUGAUACAGAUAAUGUUCACAUGUGGCACCAGAAAAAGGCUACCACUUGGUAAAGUCUAUAUGCAUAUUAGGAGAAAUUGAUUGUUAUAUACAUAUAUAUAUAUUGUAUGGUCUAAAGCUUCCAGAAAGAUACCAUGCAUUAUGCUUAGCAGCAGAAGGAGCUUGAGAAAACACUUCCUUCUUCCAUGGACUCCAUCUUCCUCCUUGAAGAAGGUGACAGAAUUGCUUUUCUUUUUCAUCGGAUAAUGCAGUCCUUUGGGUGCACUUACAUUUGCCUCUGGUCCUAUUUGCCCCACCCAUCCAACAGCUAUUUGGUGUCUGUGGAUGGACUGUUCAGUGGCGAAAACAGCGUCGCCAGGCGGCUUUUCGAGGAGUACAGACACUCAUCACCACUUCUAUUCCAUGAAGGGCGCAUUCCGGGAUAUGCAUUCAAGAACAAUCUCCCUUACCUGGAGCUGCUGUUCCCAGCUCUUGAAAGACUUGCUUCCAAUGAAGUGCAGAAGCAGUUCUACAGGGAAGCAGGAAUAAAGACAGCUAUUUUUAUGGGAUGUGGAGCAGGAGAGAUUGAGCUUGGGUUGUCUUCUGUCCCACAGGCUAACAUGGAGAUGGAGAUGAAGAAUAUAUUCCCAGAAGAUUUCUUCAGACAAGCAGCAGCAACAGCAUCAUCACUCCCAGUCCCAGUCCCAGCAAUAGGCCUUCCAAGCCCUCAACUUCAACCCGACCCGAAUCGCCCAUCUUCUUCUUCAUCAUCACUCAGAUCACUGUCCAUAGACAGCCCGGAAUCCCUUCUGUUCGGCGUAGCAGCCGCCACUUCUUACGCUGCCGCAGCUGAGCCGCCGCUGAGAGAGGUGUUUUCCGAUCAGAGGGGGAUUAUGCCGCCUGUGACAUCACCUAUGAGCCAUAUCAGAGGCGCCGCCAUUGAUUUCCCGUCAAUGCAGAGCGAAGAUGCCGCCAUAACCAGAGCUUAUUUAGCUGUCAUUUCUUCUUCUUCUUGUUCUUCCCCUUCUUCUUCUCUUCGUCCCCAAGGAAGUUUCCAGAAGCCCACCGCUUUCAGAAGGUAUAACAUGGCGGCUCAGCCGGUGGGUGCAAGGGGGAUCAUAAUGAAGAAACAAACCGUUCUGAAAAGAUCAUUCGAGUUUUUCAGAAACCUGAGCUUGAUGAGACGCCAGGAACUAGUCCGCACCACCCGCCCCACCAUCACGCAAGUUCAUCAUAUGAUUUCUGAGCGAAAACGUCGCGAAAAGCUCAAUGAAAGCUUCCAACACCUCAGAUCACUCCUCCCUCCUGGAACUAAGAAAGAUAAAGCGUCAGUUCUUAGCAUCACGACAGAGCAGUUAUCUGCUCUUAAGGCUAAAGUGGAAGAGCUGAGCAGAAAGAACCAAAUGUUGGAAGCAGAGGUGGCGAAGGGGGCGAAAGCGGCGGCGGAGGAGGAGGAGGACGGCGGCGGAAGGGUGGACGUCCGGCUAACGGACGCCGGCGAGUCGACGUCGGAGGAUAACAGAGUGGUGGACUUGCAGGUGACAGUGAGGGGGGAGAAUGGGAUCUUAGAAUUGGUAAUGAGAUUGUUGGAGUUCUUGAAACAGGUUGAGAAUGUAAGAUUGAUCUCUGUUGAAGCUAACACCAGAUCCAAUUCUGUUAAUCGUAUAAUCUUGAGACUCGUAAUUCAGGGAGGCGAUUUGAACGAAUCGGAUUUCCUGGAAGCAGUGAGAAGGGUUGUUGGUGACUUGGCAUAGGGAAAGCUGCCAACACUUGUCAAACUAUCAUAGGCUCAAUUUUGUUAAUCUAAUGACCACAUAGAAAUCAUAUCAUUGUAUAACUUUAGAUUUUGCACAAUUUUGGUAGAGAAAGUUCAAAAAAUAGGUACUCAUUUUAAUACAUAUAUAUAUUUCACUUGUUUUAGACUUUUAGUCAUUAUGCAACUUGUAAUACAUUACAUUACCUUUUAUAUUUAUUAAUCAAUCAUUUAGGAACCA